AUGUCAGGCAAGCAACCGACCGUCUCAUCCUCGACGCCAUCCGACAACGACAGUCUGAGGUCCAAGGCCGCCUCCGAAGGCGUCACUCCCAGCAACGUCGCACCCCUGGGCUCAGCCUUAGCCAGCGAUCAAACACAGCGCACAGAAGGCGUCAUUGGCGAUGCAGUCCUGCGGUUCCUGCGCAUUCGCAAGGGACCCCGGAAGGUGCCGUACGAUCUGGAUGGAGUAGCGACCCAACCGAGUAUCUGGGACUCGGAAAACCUCGAGGAAUACAAGAACCUGUAUAUCCACCCCAAGUGGGAGAAUUGGAGCGCCUUCGAUCCGAACUUUCGAUGGACAUGGCGAGAGGAGAGAGCAGUCCGCCGCAAGGUCGACUGGAAGAUCAUGGUCUGGGUCUGUAUCAUGUUCGCAGCCCUCAACAUCGACCGAAACAACCUCAAGAACGCGGUCUCGGACAAUAUGCUGGACGAUAUUGGCCUCACCCAGGCGGACUAUAACACGGGCCAAACCAUCUCCCGAGUUGGUUUCCUUGUUGCGGAGCUCCCUUCGCAGAUUAUCUCCAAACGCGUUGGCCCCGACAUGUGGAUUCCCAUCCAGAUCUGCAUCUUCAGCGUCGUUUCCGCCAUGCAGUUCUUCCUUAGCGGACGCGCCUCGUUUCUUGCAACUCGCUACCUGAUUGCGACCUUCCAGGGUGGCUUCAUUCCCGAUACAAUCCUCUAUCUCAGCUACUUUUAUACCGGCCCAGCACUUCCUGUGCGAUUGGCCUGGUACUGGAUGUCUUCGCAACUGGUUGAUAUUGGCGUUGGAUUUGCCGCGGUCGGUCUGUUGUCCAUGCGCGGUAUCUUGGGCUACGCGGGCUGGCGUUGGUUGUUCCUCAUUGAGGGCUGCUUCACCUUCCUGGUCGGCGUUGCCUCGUUCUUCCUCAUGCCGCAGUGCCCGACCAAAACGAAGAGCUGGUGGAGUCCAAAAGGCUAUUUCACGGAGAAGGAGCAGAAGAUCAUCGUGAACUCAGUAAUCCGCGACGACCCCCAGAAAGGAGGCAUGUUCAACCGACAAGGUCUCUCGCUCAAGCAGAUCUGGGAGGGCACGAAAGACUACGACAUGUGGCCGCUCUACAUCCUAGGCCUGCUCUUCGGUAUCCCAAAGUACCCAGUCGACCAAUACCUAAGUCUAUCACUCCGCGAGCUCGGCUUCAACGUCAUCCAGACCAACCUGCUUAGCAUUCCAUGGAUCGUCGGCUCCUGCAUCACCAUGCUGCUCAUCACGGCCUUCAGCGAGCUAAUCAACAACCGGAGCUUCGUGUCCAUGGCCGAAGAUGCAUGGCUGCUGCCGUGCUUCGUGGCUUUGAUCGCGUUGCCAGAUCCGAUCAGCCCCUGGGUGUACUUUGCCAUCGCGACGGUUCUGCUCUCGUUUCCUUAUACGCACCCUAUUCAAGUUGCGUGGACGAGUAGGAAUGCCGGGUCGGUGCAGAACAGGACUGUUUCUGCUGCGCUCUACAACAUGUGGGUUCAGAUCAGUGGCAUGAUCGGAGCGAACUUGUACCAAUCGAGCGACUCGCCUCGCUACUUCAAAGCAAACAAGGGUUUGCUCGUGAUCUGCGUAUGGAUGUGUGUAGUCCAAUACCCCGGAACCUACUUCUACUACAAAUGGCGCAACAACUCCAAGGCGAGCAAGUGGGAUGCUAUGACUCCCGAAGAGCAGCACCGCUACAGGCAGACCACCACAGACAAGGGGAACAAGCGGCUUGAUUUCCGCUUUGCUACUUGA